UCAAUCUCGAUAUUUAUUGUCAGUUCCCAUUCCUUUACUCUGCCUCACCGUUGCUUCUCUUUUAGAAACUUCAGCUUUCCUUGUAAGUGAUGAACUCAUUUUGAUCUUCAACGUUUCCAGUAGGAAGCCAUUAAUGACAAGGUUAGCAGCAACCUCUUCUUCCUUCCACUAUCAAUGGACUUAUGAUGUCUUCAUCAAUUUUAGAGGUGAAGACACCCGUCAUGGUUUUACUGGAAAUAUGUAUCACGCUCUAAGUCAAAAGGGAGUUCGCACCUUCAUUGAUGAUGAGGAACUAAGAAGAGGGGAUGAAAUUACACCAACACUUCUCAAAGCAAUUGAAAAUUCUAGGAUGGCUAUUAUUGUAUUUUCUAAGAACUAUAUUUCCUCAACAUUUUGUCUCAAUGAACUUGUUAAAAUCCAUCAGUGUAUUAAGGGAAAGUCUCGGCUAGUUUUGCCCAUUUUUUAUGAUGUGGAGCCUUCAGAAGUGCGACAUCAAACAGGAAAUUAUGAACAUGCAUGGACUAUGCAUAAAAUAAACUUCAGAGCUGAUAAAAAGAAGAUACAGAGUUGGAAGCUUGCAUUGCAUGAAAUAGCUAAUAUCUCUGGCUUACAUUUUAAUCCUAGGCAUGGAUAUGAAUAUCAAUUUGUUGAUAGGAUUGUGAAAGAAAUCUCUGGUAAAAUAAAUCGAGUUCCUUUACAUAUUGCUAAAUAUCCUAUUGGGUUAGACUCUCGAGUGCAAAAAAUUAACUCUCUCUUAGAAAUUGAGUCCAAUGACAAGGUCUACAUGGUAGGAAUUUUUGGAAUUGGUGGAAUGGGUAAAACAACAAUAGCACGUGCUGUGUAUAAUUCAAUUGCUGAUAAUUUUGAAGGUCUUUGCUUUCUCCAUGAUAUCAAAGAAAACUCAAGGAAACUUGGCUUAGAACAAAUGCAAGAGAAACUGCUUUCAAAGAUUGCUAGAGUGGACAUCAAAGUAGAAGAUAUCAAUGAAGGAGUCGAGUUAAUAAAAAUGAGACUCAUGCAAAAGAGAAUUCUUUUGAUUCUUGAUAAUGUUGACAAAUGUGAGCAAUUAGAAAAGUUAGCUGGUGAUUGCAAUUGGUUUGGAAGUGGUAGUAGGAUCAUUAUAACAACACGAGACAAACAGGUACUUGUAAUGCAUGGAGUUGAAAGAAAAUAUGACAUAGAGGCAUUCAAUGCUAAAGAAUCUCUUGAAUUGUUAAGUUGGAAUGCCUUUAGAAAUAACCAAGUAAAUGAAAGUCACAUGGAGGUUUUGAACCGUGCAAUAGUUUAUGCACAGGGUCUUCCAUUAGCCCUUGAAGUAAUAGGCUCUAACUUGUGUGGUAUGGAUGUAACUGAGUGGGAAUCUGUGUUAGAUUUAUACAAAAGAAUUCCCAAUGAAAACAUUCAACAAAUAUUGAAAGUAAGUUAUGAUGGCUUAAAGCAAGUUGAAAAAGAAAUAUUCCUUGACAUUGCUUGUUUCUUUAAAGCCAAAGAUUUGGAAUAUGUCAGGUAUAUGGUGGAACAAGUUCAUGGUUUUGAUCCAAGUUAUUUUGUUAGAGUUUUGGAAGACAAAUGCCUCAUAAAUAUUGGAAAAUAUUGUAUUGAAAUGCAUGAUUUGGUACAAGACAUGGGGAGAGAAAUUGUUCGUCAAGAAUCACCAAAAGAGCCAGGAAAACGCAGCAGAUUAUGGUUUCAUCAUGACAUUAUUCAUGUUUUGGAAGAAAAUACACCUGUAGAAGGAAGCGAAGUGACUAUGAAGCUCGACUUGAGUGUGUUGAAGCGAGAUACUUGUAGAGUUUUGGUGAAAAUAUUAGCAAGUUGAACCUGUGAUGAAAUAAUGGAGAAGCAAAGAUGCUUGGAGGCUAUCCAUUCAUCAUAAAGUGAUUAUCUAGAUUAAUGUGUUUCUGGAUUUGCUACAAGAUAAAUAGCUCCUAUGUUGUCAUAGUAAAGAAGAGGAGCUUGAGAGAGGAAGAUGC